ACUUAAAAAAAAAAAAGUGAGCUAGGUGAGGUUCUAACGAACCCCUUAGCAUUAAAAAAAACCACAUGAAUAGUAUACUAUUUAACAAAUGAAUCAUAACGUGCGAGUUGAGUUGUGAAGAGGAAACCUUUCAGCUUCUCUUCUUUCUCCUUUUUCCUUCUUCUUCUUCAAAAUCUUUGCAGGAAAGAUCAAGAAGGUCGAUUAAACAGAGUAUGGACUGCACAAUCUGCAGUUCGUUUCCGAUGAUCAUAAGACCCCCGAGGAACACGAUAUGUGGAGCUUGCUUCGAAGGAAUCAAGUGUGCAUUGGCUCUCGUAAGCAGCUCCGAAUUAGAAUCAAGACUGGCAGACCGAAAGUUGAGCAACCUCACCGCUCCAAAUAAGGGACUUGGAGAUCUUGUGGAAUGGAUAAAGUACAUGAAGAAUGUAGAACGUGAGCUGAACGAGAGGAUUUGCUUUCUUGCGGGGUCUCUUACGGCCUUCGCUGAUCAAAUCCACACGGAUAUACUCAUCAAGCCAGGCGAUGGCUCAUCUAUAUCCACCCAUAGAAGCAUACUGGCAACAAGAUCAGGAAUCUUCAAGAACAUGCUUGACUCGGACAUAUGCAAGGCUCCUCCACAGGACAGCACCAUUCCAAUCCCGGAACUCACCCAUGACGAGCUCGAGUCCCUGUUGGAAUUCCUCUACACGGGAGACUUACCUCCCGAGAAGAUUGAAAAACAUGCCUAUCCCCUCUCCCUUGCCGCCCACAAGUUUGAGAUCCUGUACCUGGAGAAGUUCUGUGAGCGCCACAUGCUCCGGUCUUUAAACGUGAACUCCGCCCUCGAUGUGCUGGAGAUAUCGGACAUAUGUUUGAACCAGAAGAUGAAGGAGAGGGUGCUGGGAUUUAUAGUUCGGAACUUCGAGGAGGUUGCCUUCUCGGAGAAGUAUGAAACAUUUUGUAGCAAGAAUCCCCAUUUGAGUGUUCAGAUUACUAGGGCUACCUUAGCUGAGGCAAGGAGCAACAGGCGGCCGAGCGGUGAAGUUUGCUCGCCCAAAGUUGUGGGUCGGGAUCAUGGCGGCGUGUUCAGAAUCUGAGAUGUGGAAUAAGUAGUUUAAGGGAGUGAGAAUACAAAAUAGGACUGGUUUAAUGUUUGUAUCGGUAAAUUAUAUGAAAGAGGCUGAGAUUUUACUUUGGCACCAUUUUGAAUGGCUGCAUUUCCUUACCAUAUUUGGGUUCCAAACUCUGAAACGGACCGACUAUAUGUAUUUUCAACGAUUCAACAUAGUAAAAUUUUUGCUUGUUAAA